AAAAUGGAAGGGGUGGGGCCAGAGGCAGUCAGGAUGGGGAGGAAAGUGCUAGAUGAUGCUGGACUCCAGAGGAGGAGCCGGUACACCUGUGCAGGAGUGAAGGGGAGGAGCUGGCACACCUGUGCAAGACUGGAGGGGAGGAGCCGGUACAACUGUGCAAGACUGAAGGGGAGGAGCCAGUACACCUGUGCAAGACUGAAGGGGAGGAGCCGGUACACCUGUGCAAGACUGAAGGGGAGGAGCCGGUACACCUGUGCAAGACUGAAGGGGAGGAGCCAGUACACCUGUGCAAGACUGAAGGGGAGGAGCUGGUACACCUGUGCAAGACUGAAUCGGAGGAGCAGGUACACCUGUUUAAUACUGAAGGGGUGGAGCUGAUACACCUGUGCAGGACUGAAGGGGAGGAGCAGGUACACCUGUGCAGGACUGAAGGGGAGGAGCAGGUACACCUUUGCAAGACUGAAGGGGAGGAGCCAGUACACCUGUGCAAGACU